UUGAUUUUAUUCUCAUCCGCGAAUUUUAGCAAUUUAUUUGUGUUUGGAGUAAAUCGCCGAAAAAUGCAAUUAAAGUAGAAUUUGUGACCGAUAAAAAGGACAAAGACCAAAGCAAAAUAAACAAAAAUUGGAAUUCCAGUUUGCAGCAGUUCUCAAUGUAAACUCUAGGCCAAACCCACUCUAUCAACGAUGUCUGUGAAGUCACAACGAAAGGCCGUAUCUACAAACGCAAAUGCGUUAGGUGAAGGAGCUUCCCGGGAAAACCCCAAUUAUGGCCUAACCACGAGAGUUGCACUAGCUCGUCUGCAUGAUGAUAUAGAAAAGUUGUUGCGUGAACAUGAAGCCACCUAUGCCAAGGAGAGCUUCUAUCGCAAACUGCGUUCGGCAUUCGUCAAACCCAGCGACACACCACUAGGAUGGCCUGCAAUCACAGCCACUCUAUUCACUAUGAUUGCGCUACUUAUCGCCGACGCAUAUCUGGCUGCGAUCUGUGUUGCGGCUAUCUUAUCAUUGGAUUUGUGCGUGGUGGUGCGCGAGAACAAUUUACGUCGUACCGAAAUCUACCGCAAGACACGCCAGGCACUCGCCGAUAUAAGACUCGCUGAACGUGAUCUAUGCGGCGAGUGGCAACCAUGCAAUUAUCCGCAUAUUUGUUGUCCAAUUUCGCCUUGCGUGUCGCUGCAGUGGACAUAUCGCGAUGGUAAUAUUGUAAAUCUGCCGUGGGCCCUACUUGUACGGGGCGAUCACAUCGUGCUACGGCCGGGACAUAUAACACCCGGCCCAUGUGCGGAGGUGAAUGGCAAGCGCACAUUUGAAAUGCAUGAAAUCUAUGGUCCAACACAAGUUAAUGAUCCUCCAGUGCGCCCAUUGAUGCCUAUAAAUAUAUCAGGGCCUAUAUCAGAGAAUAUUUACUCACAUGUGUAUAUCGAUAACAAUGUGGAUUAA